AUGAACUGGAACUUGAUUAUCUCGGGGCUUGUUACGGUGGUGAUCAAAGCUGCUGGCAUGACCUUAUUUCUGCUGCAUUUCCCACAGGUUUUUUACGAAAGUAAUGAUGGCUUCAUCCCCACGGAGAGCUACGGAACCACUAAUGUGCAGAAUGUCUCACAGAUCUUUGGGAGGAAUAAUGACAGCGUCAUGCCUACACGGAGCUAUGGUACAGCCUGUCCCAAAGACUGGGAUUUUCAUCGAGGGAGGUGCUUCUUCUUCUCCACCUCCGAAGCAUCCUGGGAAAACAGCAGGGGUGACUGUGUCUCAAGAGGAUCCACACUGGCGAUUGCUGACACAGCAGAGAAACUGAAGUAUCUUCAGGACAUAGCUGGUGCUGAGAAGUACUUUGUUGCUUUGAGACGUCAGUCUGGAGAAAGAAAGUGGCGCUGGAUCAACAACUCUGUGUUCAGUGGCAAUGUUACGAAUGAGAAUCAGAAUUUCCAUUGCGUCACUAUAGGCCUGACAAAGACAUUUGACGCUGCAUCCUGUGACAUCAGCUAUCGCUGGAUCUGUGAGAAGAGUCCCAAGUGA